CCAACAGACGUAUUAUAAUAGCAGGAGAACUACCCUAUCGAGAAUUUUGGCAGGGUGCAUAGUUGGUAUGUGGUACAUUGGUCACAAUUAACAGCACUUCCUGACUUUCAAGCGUGUUCAUAAGCUGUAGUGAUUAUAUCGGCACUGCUCUGGUAUUCACAACGCCAACGCCGAAUGCGUCGCAAUCGCCCUCUAAUCGCCGUCACCACUGUCCCGCAAAAUCAAUAUUGGGCUGGUGGCGGCCCUGCUCCGUAUCAGGGGUUCCAAAGUCCCGGACCUUCCUAUAAUCCACCUGUGGGUGGAUACAAUGAAUUUCCAUCGUACCCACCAAAUUAUGCACUUCCGGCAUAUGGGAAAGACGCACCCGGAGGCUUCCAACAGUACCCUCCUCCAACUGGUUCUGCCCCUUCAAAUCAAAUUCCAUACUCAUCAGUAAAGCAUCCAGUGCCUGCACACGUCACGGUAUGAACUUCGAAUUCCGUACGAAAAUAACAGGCUGAACGCCAAGUAGGGCCAAGAUGGCGC